UCUCUUCUAUUGUUCUCAUUAUUCUCAGGCUUCAAUUGGCGUCUCCCUCUCUCUCUCGCUCGCUCACGCUGUCAAAGGGUUGCUGGUUCUUACGCUGCGCCGUCGGUGCAGUUGGAAUAUAAAAAAUCAUCUCCGACCGUCAAAUUGAUAGAUCCGGGAUCAACGAUCUGGUUGUAUAACAACAUUGAAUAUCUUACCGUAUAAGCUCGUUUAGAUCUAGGGCAAAAAUUUAUACAAAACCCUAAAUUUAAGAUCGCCUUUGUAUUUAAAUCUUCUGCUCUUAUAGACAGAUAUAGAUUAGGGAUUUUGUGUCACAUAUGCUCGUCGAAGCCGGUUUGGAGCGAUUUGUAGUGUUUAAUAAGGAUCGAGAACGAACCCUAAUGGGCAGGGAGGAAUGUCAGUCGGCGGAGGAUAUAGAGGAAGGUGAAAUCUCUGAUUCGGUUCCGGCCCAAGGGGUUCGUGAAGGGGGCUUUAUUAAGCAGGAGGAUACUGUUAGGGCUUCGCAGAAUUUUAACAGCCACCAGAAGAAGCAGUCUCCUAGGGUUUGGAUCCAGGAUCUGUACAAGUAUCCGAUGUCCCGUAAUUACGCCUCUGGUCUGUAUAACCUUGCCUGGGCGCAGGCCGUACAGAACAAACCUCUCGAUGAGGUUUUGGUUAGGGACCGCAAAUCCAGUGAUCACGACUCCAGCUUUAAGUUGAAGCGAUCGUCUUCGUCGCCGUCGAUGACUGGCAAAGAGGACAAUAAGGCCAGUCAGGGUAACAAGGAAGUGAUGGAUAAAGAUGUAAUUGAUUUGUGUGCUGAUGAGGAUGAGAUUGUUCCAAACAUUGAGAAGGAGGAAGGAGAAUUGGAGGAAGGAGAGAUUGAUAUGGACGCUGAGGUUCUGAGUGAAGGUGGCGGAUUGAAGAUGAGUGAUGAGGGUGUAGAUGAAAUGGACACUGAAGAGAAAGAGAUUGCGUUGGCGGCUCGGGUUAACUCAAUUCGUGAAACACUUGAAUCUAUUGUAACCAAGAAAGACUAUGUUGAUGGAUCAUUUGAUCCGGCUUGUUCCCGUAUACAGAAAUCGUUAGACAGCUUGCAUGAGCUGGUUUUGGAAAACUCAGAUUCUACCACUGAUUCUCUUGUUCUGCUUUCCGUUACUGCAAUAAAGGCCAUGAAUUCUGUAUUUUGCUCCAUGAACCAAGAUCAAAGAGAACGAAACAAGGGCACUUUUUUAAGGUUAUUGUCUCACGCGAAAAGCCAAAAAGCUCCACUUUUUUCUCCUGAGCAGAUGGAAAAGAUCGAGUUUAUCCAUUUGUCCUUGGACUCUUCUACCACUUUUGGGACUUUGAAAUGCAACAAUGAGGAAAAUAAUGCACAGAUCACUGAGAGGGUGAAUCAGAAACACUCUGAUGCUUCAUCUGAAACUAUUUCUCACAAUUUAGUUGAUUCAAUGAGAAGAGAACCAGUAUCAACUUCUGUUGUAUCUUUGCAUCACAAUGACACCGAUGUGAAUACAGAACCAUUAAAAUUAGGACCAAGUACUUGGGGUAGGGGGAUCUUACUUCCCCUUCUAGAUCUUCACAAAGAUCAUGAUGAAGACAGCCUUCCAUCCCCAACACGGGCAGCCCCACUGCUCUUCCCUGCGAACAAUGCGCUUGCUGUUAGGAGUGUUGCUGUUAAUGCAGAACUGGUACCUCAGGUAAUUCAUGAGAAAGAAGAUGUUGUAAUGCCUCCUUAUGAACCUGAUGCCCUAAAAGCUGUUUCUUCUUAUCAGCAAAAAUUUGGCCAUAGUUCUUUCCUCAAGAGUGACAGACUUCCAAGUCCAACCCCUUCAGAGGAAUGUGAUGAUGGAGGUGGCGAUGUUGCAGGGGAGGUUUCUAGUUCUUCCAUUGUUGGCAAUUUCAAAACUGUAAAUGCUUCAAUUGUACCAGAACGAGUUUUUUCUUUUGGGCCACAGGUUGGCAUUUCCAGUGGGCAAGGGCUGAUAAAUGUUAGGAAUACUGGGCCGAUGAGUUCAGGGCCUAAUCCUACAUUAAAAUCUACAGCAAAGAGCAGAGAUCCUAGACUUCGUUAUGCCAAUUUUGAAGGAAGUGCUAUGGAUAUUAAUCAGCAGUCAUUUCCUAUUAUUAAGAAUGGGCCUACCUUGGACCCCAUUGGGGAAGUGUCAGGCUUGAGGAAGCAGAAGACGGUUGAGGAGCUUAAUUUGGAUGGCCCUGCAAUGAAAAGACAAAGGAAAGGGUUGACAGAUUAUGUCACUGGUGACAUGCAGACUGUCUCGGGAUCUGGGGCGUGGUUAGAGGAUAGAGGAACUGCUGGACCUCUGCUCUCUAGCAAUGUAAGCCAGAUUGUGGAAAACACAGGAGGUGAUCCCUCAAAAUUUGGAACUUCCAUAACUUCCACUGGUACUGACAUCAGUACGCCUGAUGUAAUGUUUACCAUAAAUAAGCACUUGUCAGGGGCAGGUGCCAACACCACAGCUUCCCUGCAAUCUUUGUUGAAAGAUAUUGCAAUGAAUCCGUCCAUGUGGAUGAAUAUAAUUAAGAUGGAACAACAGAAGUCCAUUGACCCUACAAAAAGACCUACCCUUACUCCUAGCUCAAACUCUAUACUGGGAGCAGUUCCAUCAAUGAAUAUUACUCCAAAACCGGUAGCGACUGGGCAGAGAGUGUCAGGAAUACUUCAGGCUCCUCCUCAAUCAGCUUCAGUGGAUGUCUCUGGAAAAAUCCGCAUGAAGCCACGUGAUCCUCGAAGAGCUCUACAUUGCAAAUCAUUUGAAAAGAAUGGGAGCUUGGGACUUGAUCAAUCCAACACAUAUGCAGCUUCUAGUCCACAGGAAAUAACGGGCAAUUGGAAUUCUCAAAAGCAAGAAGACCAGUCAGAUAAAAAGUCGACAUCUUCUCAGUUGUUCAUGGGACCAGAUAUUACCCAGCAACUCACCAAAAAUCUGAAAAAUAUUGCUGACAUUGUGUCUGUUUCUCAAGCAUCUAUUACUCCAGUUUCUCAGAUUUCUGCUUCACCACUGGUACAGGUUCACUCAAGUAGAGUGGACUAUAAAGGCUUAGUAACAGAGUCAGGCCACCUGCAAAAUGGGUCUCUCUCGUCAUCUGAAGUGGCUGCUGGCCCCUCUCGAUCACAGAACACCUGGGUUGAUGUUGAGCAUCUUUUUGAUGGAUUUGAUGACCAGCAGAAAGCUGCAAUCCACAGAGAGAGGGCUAGGAGAAUUGAAGAACAGAAGAAGAUGUUUGCUGCACGGAAGCUGUGUCUUGUGUUGGAUCUGGAUCACACACUUCUUAAUUCGGCAAAGUUUACUGAAGUGGACCCGGUGCAUGAUGAUAUAUUGAGGAAGAAAGAGGAACAAGAUCGUGAAAAGCCACAGAGGCAUCUCUUUCGGUUUCCUCAUAUGGGAAUGUGGACUAAGUUGCGGCCUGGGAUUUGGAAUUUUUUGGAGAAGGCUAGUAAGCUUUUUGAAUUGCAUCUUUACACCAUGGGGAACAAACUGUAUGCUACAGAGAUGGCAAAAUUGCUUGAUCCAAAAGGAUCCUUGUUUGCUGGGCGAGUUAUCUCUAGGGGUGAUGAUAAUGAUGUUCUAGAUGGUGAGGAGAGGGUUCCUAAGAGCAAGGAUUUGGACGGGGUUUUGGGUAUGGAAUCUGCUGUGGUAAUUAUAGAUGAUUCUGUUAAAGUCUGGCCACAUAACAAACUAAACAUGAUUGUUGUAGAAAGGUAUAUUUAUUUUCCUUGCAGUAGGCGACAAUUUGGGCUUUUAGGUCCUUCUCUCCUUGAGAUUGAUCAUGACGAGAGGCCAGAAGAUGGGACUUUAGCAUCCUCUUUGGCGGUCAUUGAGAAAAUACAUCAGAACUUCUUUUCGCAUCCAGAAUUGGAUGAAGCUGAUGUCCGAAACAUCCUAGCCUUAGAGCAGCGGAAGAUUCUUGCUGGUUGCCGCAUUGUCUUCAGUAGGGUGUUCCCAAUUGGUGAAGCCAAUCCUCACUUACAUCCAUUAUGGCAGACAGCUGAGCAGUUUGGUGCUGUUUGUACCAACCAGAUAGAUGAACAGGUCACUCAUGUGGUUGCCAAUUCACUUGGGACCGACAAGGUGAAUUGGGCUCUCUCAACUGGAAGAUAUGUUGUCCAUCCUGGCUGGGUGGAAGCUUCUGCUUUGCUUUACCGGAGAGCAAACGAACAAGAUUUUGCUAUAACUAUAAACAACCACCAUUGAAUCCCACCACCCUGAUAAAUAUUUGACCGGAUAAAGGGGAUAAACAAAAGAGAAAAAGAAAACAAAAAUCAAAGCCAUCGUUUUUGAAGUUGAGUCGGAGGGGGGAAGGCACAAGAAGAAGUUGAUGCCUAGGCAUCAUGGGACAUACAUACAUACAUACAUGGGAAUGAUGCCCUAAGUUUUGGGUUUGGGUUUGGUUUUGAUUUUUCUUUGAAAUUAACUUAAAAGUGCUGCCGCUGUGCCGUCGUUGCAUUCCGCCGAGGAAUGGAUAAAC